CACAUACAUAACCAUCUUCUCUUUACCACUCUUCUCAACCCAGCAAAAAUGGCUCAAACCACCAUCAAUGCUGGUCUUCCAAUGUCUGAAAACAUCACUAGGGCCACGGACACCACUCCUACCGUGGCCCCGACUACUCCUAUCACCACCACCAAUCCCGUCCACGAAAUCAUCCCUAGGGCCACCAAUCUCAACCCGAGAAGCCUUACUACUUUUACCCCACCUCCUGCCUACCCAGUCCAACAAGCAUAUGUGCCUGCAACAACAACUAAUGUUGGUGCGAUCACUCCACCUACUCAGGUGGUAACCCCGUUGAAGGCAAAGAUCAUUCCUGCUGGCCGAGGUAUUAGGAAGAGGGGCGAUCUUUUUGCAAGCUCCGAGGACACCUCCAUGAUGGAUCAUGUAAGAGGCACUCACGAUGUGGAUGCAGUCCAUUAUAAACUCAAACCUCUCCUUCACUUGAUCGAGGAUAUAAUGCCCCGUGCCAAUGCUGCUGCUAUCCCCGGCUAUGUUCAGACCCGUCUAGAUGCAACCAUGGAAGAGAAGGCUCUCCAUUCCGGUCUCUCCGAAGUCAUUGAAGCAUUGGCGUACCCUGUACACAGAACAUCCUCCGAGAUGAUCGUCGGAUAUUCCAAUAAUAGAGAUGCCCACACGGCCACCUUAUCAGUCCUCAAACUGCUAGCAAACUACUGGUGGGACGCAAAGGCGGUGAUUGCCUUCGCCGCCUUCGCGCAGCAAUACGGCGAGUUCGCCCUACUCGCCCGCCUCUACCCCACCGACCCACUCGCAAAGUCGGUGGCCACCAUCGUCCAGAUUCCGGAGCUCAUGGAGAGCUCUGAAUCGUCGAGAGCGGUGAGUUCUAAGUUCCGGGAAGUGGCCAAGCUGGCCGACAAAAUGCUGGAGGUUACUCACAAGAUUGUUGCGUUGAAAGAGAUUGGGUCAGAGGAAAAAUCGCUGAAGGUGAAGUAUAGGGUUAAUUUGUACAAGGAGCUUGCUGAAUCUUUGUCGCCGGUGACGGCGGAGCAGGAGAAUAUAAUGGCAAAGGCUUCGUAUUAUGUGGUGAAAGCCGCCGUGACUUGUUCUCUGGUCAUCCUCAAUGUGUUGGCUGUUGGACGAGAUUACUACUCCUCAACUGAAGAGGAGCUGGAGAUAUCUACCUUGACACACAGGCUCAGUUACCUUCUUGGUGAUCUACAAAAGGCAAUUCAGAUUUCUAACCAAGAAAUAGGCAAGAUAAAGCACACAAUCAAACGAAAAAUCCUGGAAGAAACCUUGGCCAGGACGCACACGGAUAACAAGUACUCGGCGGAGCUCAUCACAUGCGGUGAAAAUGACCCAACCCCAAUUAUCCAUGGAAUAGGACUUCAUAUGAAAAAGCAUGGACUUGAAAUCUUGAGGAGGAAGUAUGUGUUCUUAUUGGUAUCAGAUUUGGACAUCCCUAAUGAAGUCAUAAGUUUACUCCGGCAUAUGUACCAAGACUCGAAGCAAGAUCCAAGCAGGGCGGAGAGUCAAUUCGAGAUUGUGUGGCUCCCUAUUGUGGACCGGAGAUCGCCAUGGACUGAGGCUAAGGAGGAGCAAUUCAAGCUAGUGAAAGACAGCAUGCCAUGGUAUUCGGUGUCUCACCCUUCUAAGAUUGAUGAAGCAGUGUAUGGGUAUGUGAAGGAAGUAUGGGGUUUCACCCACAAACCCCUGCUGGCUGUUGUGGAUCCUCAAGGAAAGCUAACAAACAUCAAUGCAUUGCCUAUGUUUUGGAUUUGGGGAAGCGUUGCAUUCCCCUUCAGCAAACUUAAGGAAGAAUCUCUUUGGAGUGAAACAUCUUGGAGCAUGGCACUACUGGCUGACUCCAUUGACCAAAACCUCUUUUCUUGGCUGAAUGAUGGGAAGUACAUAUGUUUGUAUGGAGGAGAAGACCUGGAUUGGAUUCGGGCCUUCACAAAGAGGACAAGGUACGUGGCACAGCAAGCGAGCAUCCCUCUAGAAAUGCUGUAUGUGGGGAAGAUGAACGUGAAAGAAAGGAUCAAGAGGAACAGUGCGGCCAUAGAGGCGGAGGGGCUAAGCAACGUCCUUCAAGACCCAACCAUGAUUUGGUUCUUCUGGGAGAGGCUAGAGAGCAUGUGGUACCUCAAAGGAGAAAAAACGCUCGCAAUGCACGAUGACACUAAACCCUACAUUGUUUCUGAAGAGAGCAGGGACCCCAUUCUGCAGGAAGUGAAAGCCAUCCUCAGCUACGACGGCAGCAACCGAGGCUGGGCGGUGUUUAGCAGAGGGCUGAGUGAAAUGACCAAAGGGGAAGGCAGUAAUGUGGUGAAAGUGUUGAAUAAUUUUGAUGGCUGGAAGCAUGAAGUGAGAGAUGUGAAUGCGUUUAUUCCUGCUUUGGAUAAACAGCUUCGUGGGCUGUACACUAAGCACCACUGCACCCGCAUGGUGGUGCCGGCGGCGGUGGGGCACUACCCGGAGACGGUGGCUUGUGUGGAGUGCGGGCGAACCAUGGAGAAGUUCUUCAUGUAUAGUUGCUGCCUGGAUGAGUAUGAGAACUAAAUUAAAUACACCCACAAAAGCCAGACCGAUCUUCUAGCUAUCUCAAUUCCUUCCGGAUAAAGAUCUUGAAAUCCAUUAUUAUCUUCUCCGCCAUACAUUUUCUUGAGCUGUUUUUGUGUUAAAUAAAAGAAUGCCUGAAAGAUGCAUUAUUGCAUCUUUUCAUGAGCUUAACUUCCUUUAUUAUGUACUAUGUAGAAUCUAUUGAAGUAUAAUAAAUUAAUAAUAACAUGUGAUUUAUAUAUAA